AUGCGCCAACCUCACAUAAUAGAACUGGUUCUUUUCCUCAGUUUGGAUGCUUUACCACUCCAUGAAAAAGUGAACAAGUUUGAGCCUGUUAUGCAUCUGUACGCACAAGCGAAGGGUCCAUGUUUUGAGCUUACGAGGUUUUGUCGUCAAAGUGAGCUGCAAAAUGGUUCUUUUUUGAGCAGUAAUCCGGAUUUAAUAAUGAGGAUUUGCUGCUCGGAUCUGUCGUACAUGAGUGAUUAUCGUAGACCUUGUAACUUCUUUUACAAUGUGACCGGCGAGGAAGCUGAGCGUUUGUUGAGACAGUACGGCAAUGAUGGCGAGUUUCUUGCAAGGCCGAGUGAAUCACAACCUCACAACUUCACGCUAUCUAUCAUUCGAGGGAAAGCAAUCACUCAUGUAAAAAUCCAGAAAAAUAGUGACGACUUUUUAGAUUUAUUUGGAGGAGAAUCGUUUGCAUCAUUGAGUGAGCUAGUCCAAUUUUAUAUAGAUAAUCCGGAACAAUUACAAGAACGUAAUGGAGAGUCAAUUACCAUGAAGCGUCCUGUCUCCAUACCGUUGUACGAACCCGCUGCACAAGAAGCACGCGCUCCAGCUUCACAACGAUGGUUUCACGCUAAUAUUACGGGCACCGAAGCUGUUGAUCUUCUCGCAAAGGAAAAGCAGUGGACUUAUCUUGUUAGGGAAAGUCAGCGUGCGCCAGGCUCUUAUGCUAUAACGGUGAAAACGACGGAUGAUCAUGUUGUUCAUAUACUGAUACAGAAGAAGGCUGAUACUGGUAUGUAUCAUGUGGGCGGUGGUGAUGAAUUUCGAACUGUUGGUGAACUUCUGGCGCAUUAUAAUAAUAAUCCAAUGGUAGAGGAAGGCAGUCAGAGAGUGGUUCAUUUGAUGAAUCUGAUUCCAUCAACAUGCGUGCCAGCAGAUGCAAUUGAUGAGCGAAUUCGGCUGCUUGAGGAGGUUGAUCCUGUGACUAAGAAGUCAGGAUUUCUUGAGGAGUUCGAGCGCAUACAACAAGUGGACGAUCAAUUCUCCUCUCGUCGAGAGGGGAAAAAGGAGCAGAAUGUUAGCCGUAAUCGUUAUAAGAACAUUGUGCCAUUUGAUCACACUAGGGUCAUCCUCAAGGACAUACCUCCCAAUGAGUCGGAUUAUAUCAAUGCCAGCUACAUCAGAAUACCGAAGGGACCACCACUACAUCUGUACGCGGAUCGAGAAUACAUCUCCACACAAGGCUGUUUGCCCAACACUUUACUUGACUUUUGGCGAAUGGUUUGGCAGGAAAAUAGUCGUGUCAUUGUUAUGACAACGAAGGAAAUGGAACGUUCGCGGAGCAAAUGUCAUGUGUACUGGCCAGCCUUAAGAGAGGAAUUGAAUCUUCGCGAAUACAUAAUCAAGACUGUUGAGGAGAUCAAAGUCCCCGGUGAUAAUGGGCUGGAUAUGUUUAUCAAGAGACGAUUUAUGGUAGCCAAAAAAGGUAUGCCACAAAGGGAACUAUUCCAUCUUCAGUUCAUAGGCUGGCCGGAUCAUGGAUGUCCCGAGCAUCCAGAGUCGGUACUGCGCUUUUUGGAAGCGGUAGAUGUAGCUUGCAAGAAGGCAAUCUCUACUCAGGGCCCUGUCAUUGUUCAUUGCAGUGCUGGUAUUGGAAGAACGGGAACCUUCAUCGUGAUUGAUAUUCUAUUGAAUCAAAUACGCCAUAGAGGCAGCUCCUGCCCUAUAGAUAUUCCUAGGACUGUGAUGAAAAUUCGUGAACAACGUAGUCGUAUGGUGCAGACAGAAGCGCAAUAUGUGUUUUUAUAUCGGGCAAUUAGUUGUUAUAUUAGCAUGAUAAGCAGGUCUCGUCAUCCUUCUGAUGAGGCUUACGUCAGUAACGGGUAG